CCCAAAUCAAAAGCGGAAGGUCCGAAGCAAUUUUGGAGGCUCAAGGUUCCGAGGGGCCGUCGCCGGGCUCCCAGGGCUCCCCUCGGGCGUCGCUCGUUCCUCUGAGCUUUGCACAUCUGCAGACGGCAUGAUGCGCUUUCGCACGUCUCACAGCGUCGGCGCGCUGCUCCUGCUGCUGGUAGCGCGCGGCGCCCCGAGCGCCGGGUCGCCGGCGAACGGGACGCUGGCCCGCCCGACGGGGCUGGAGGGCUCGGCGAGCGGUCGCCCUCGCGAGCCGCAGGCCGAGUUCGGGAGGCGCCAGGCUACAAGCGGCGAGCAGUUGCUCAAGCUCUUGGGGAGUGAUGGGAUCGAGUACCAUUGGUUCGGUAAAUCGGUGGCCAUUAGCUCCGACGGGGCCCGUGUGGUGGUGGGGGCCAACUACUAUGACGACCAGGACACCCAUUCUGGCUCCGCGUACGUGCUCGACGGGGCCACUGGCGAGAGGCUGCUCAAGCUUGUGGCGAGUGAUGGGGCCGGAUACGACAAAUUCGGUACUUCGGUGGCCGUGAGCUCCGACGGGGGCUUCGAUUCUGGCUCUGCGUACGUGCUCGACGGGGCCACCGGCGAGAGGCUGCACAAGCUUGUGGCGAGUGACGGGGUCGCAGACGCCUUUUUCGGAUUCUCGGUCGCCGUGAGCUCCGACGGGGCCCGCGUGGUGGUGGGGGCCUACGGUGACGACGACCAGGGCGCCCGUUCCGGCUCCGCGUACGUGCUCAACGGUACCACGGGCGAGAGGCUGCUCAAGCUUGUGGCGAGUGAUGGGGCCGCAGGCCACUUUUUCGGAAUCUCGGUGGCCGUGAGCUCCGACGGGACCCGCGUGGUGGUGGGGGCCUCGAGUGACGACGACCAGGGCACCAAUUCUGGCUCCGCGUACGUGCUCGACGGGGCCACCGGCGAGAGGCUGCUCAAGCUUGUGGCGAGUGAUGGGGCCGCAGGCGACUUUUUCGGAAUCUCGGUCGCCGUGAGCUCCGACGGGGCCCGCGUGGUGGUGGGGGCCUGGGGUGACGACGACCAGGGCAGCAAUUCUGGCUCCGUGCACGUGCUCGACGGUACCACGGGCGAGAGGCUGCUCAAGCUUGUGGCGAGUGAUGGGGCCGCAGGCGACUAUUUCGGAAUCUCCGUGGCCGUGAGCUCCGACGGGGCCCGCGUGGUGGUGGGGGCCUCUGGUGGCGACGGCGGCUCCGGCUCCGCGUACGUGCUCGACGGUGCCACCGGCGAGAGGCUGCUCAAGCUUGUGGCGAGUGAUGGGGCCGGAUACGAACAAUUUGGUAAUUCGGUGGCCGUGAGCUCCGACGGGGCCCGCGUGGUGGUGGGGGCCUACUAUGACGACGAUCAGGGCACUUAGUCUGGCUCCGCGUACGUGUUCGACGGCACCAUCGUCACCACCGAGACGGCCACGAGUUCCGCGACGUCAAGCACUACUACCACCAUCAAGACAACCACCGAGACAACAAGUGAGACGACCACCGCGACGACGACCAAGACGGCCACGACGACCACCGAUACGGCCACGAGUUCCGCGACGUCAAGCACUACUACCACCAUCAAGACAACCACCGAGACAACAAGUGAGACGACCACCGCGACGACCACCAAGACGGCCACGACGACCACCGAUACGGGCACGAGUUCGGACACAUCAAACACCACAGCCACCACCGAGCCAUGGGGAUUAAUUGCAGUCUUCGCUGGUGUCUUGAUCCUCUUGGUCUGCGGCGUCGCGCUGGGCUGCCUGGUGAGGCGCGGAUGUCCUGGCCGUGGCAGGGGCCCAACACCCGAGCGCGGCAUUCAUAACGCGGAGGUUGAGGCCAACGUGUCGGAGCAGGACGCGGAGAUCGAUGAGCACGAGUCGGAUCACCGUAUUUAGCACGACGCGGAGGUUGAGGCUUUCCUAUAAUCUCCCUCCCUCCUCCUCGCUCCCUGACGCGCCGCGCAGCUAUCCCUCGCAAUACGUUGGAGCAAAGGCUACAACGAUAGCCGCCCGAGGCACUGCGCUAUACUCUAGUACAGCAUGAGCAGCUCACAGUGUAUGCCAUAUCUCAGCCUGUAUCAUCAGGCUACUCUGCAGAGCGACACUAGGCCAGCUCACCUUUGGCUUCGAGAAGCCACGUUUUUUUCUAUUCAUAGCAUCAGUAACUGCCUAGUCUGGUCCGACACAGACGGCAGUCUUUUUGUAAGGUUGCGGCUACAUUCAGCACCAACCCUUUGGCGCUUGAGCGCCACGUUUUCCCACGCACCAGUGCCUAGAUCGCCCCACAAGAAAAGCGGUGUGCCGUUCGCGCCAAGGCGUGUCAGGCUGCAAUGCUGGCUUGCAGGCGACGUCCGCCUGCUGUCAGCCCAGUGAAUUGACUGCAUCAUUGUUUCAAGAGCCGGUCGCGGAAAAAAAAAGGCGGAAUGAUUCAGCACGCCAGGCAUCCCUCUGAUGAAUCAACAGGGGGCGGCGGAAAACGCUUAUGUGGCCGAGAGUUGGGCCAGAGCUCGGCCAAG